CAACCAUAGUCGCACAACACACGAGAGAAGAAAUCCCCGCCAAGAUGGUUCAUAUAUCACCAAAAUAUGACAACUCCGGUAGCGGCGGCGGAGGCGGCUUCUCCCCAAAGCGGCGUACGCACGGCUUUAUAAUCUCCAUAGCUUCUAUUAUUGGUCUGUGCAAGAAACACGCGGACCAAGCCUCGACCAAGCUGAAGCCGAAGCGGCUAUUUAAUCAAAUAAGCAACAAGACGGUGACUCUGAUGCAGCACAAGAAUAGGAACGGCCAUGAUCGAGGGUCGGAUAGAGUGGCGGCCGAUGAUUUCGGGGACGGUGGGGUCUGGCAGAGGGAGAUCCUGAUGGGGGACAAGUGUCAGCCGUUGGAUUUCUCGGGUGUAAUUCAUUAUGAUAAUACCGGGAAGUCGCUUAAGGAGGUUCCUCCACGGUCACCUCGGGCGAGUCCGCUACCUGGGUACAUGACGCGCGUGAAGUGAAGAGAAAGCGAUUGAAGAACAAUGGAUUUAGGGGGCUCCGCAAUUCGCUUAAAAUGUAGCGUACGAUUUGAAUAUGAGGGUCUAGGAGGUGUGUCACAUUACAUUUUUUUGUUUUUCUAUCUUUAAAAUUUAUCUAAUUUUUUCUCUAGCAUUAGAUGUGAAUUAUAAAUUAUAAAGAAUUGUGGAGCCCUCAAAUUCAAACGAGACAAUUCAUGAUUUGGUAUUAGUUUUAAGUGAUUGGUGUGGUGAAAUGUUUUUGUGUUUUGAGAUUAGGAAGGUGUGAUGAGCUGUUAAUAGUAGAAGAUUAUGCUGUAAGUUGUGCUUAAUAAGGUUAUGUUCUACCCCU